AAUUGAAUUUGAAUGUAAAAUUUUAGACGUUUCGAACGUCAUGUUUGAGUUUAAAUUCUAUGCGAACAGUGAUGACAAAGAAUUCAAGCGACAUGAUACUGUGACGUAUUCUAACUUAGUUCAAUCACUCACUUUAAGUGAUGGUUACAGAGAUGUUUUAGGUUUGCGCACAGAUUUUCAUGCAAUCGCAAACGGUUCAAAACUGUGGUACAUUGCUGAAUCUGUUCUCGAUGAUUAUCUACGCAAACUGCCCAAAAGUGAACUCAAUGUAUUCGACGCUGUUCACGCACGUGAGGAUGUCAAACCUGGCUUCAUUGAAGGUGGUUUUACCCUGUGGGAUGGCAGCAAGGAUCUCGUCGAUUACAUAUCAAAAUAUUUUUCGGAAAGGAUGUGUGGAAAAAACGUCUUAGAAGAUUACAAUUCCGAAGUUUUAAAGUGCUGGACUAUUCCUAACGUCAUCAUUAAUUCAGGAUCUCAAAAUGAUGCUGAUAGCCACAAUGAACACACUCAGUUGGAAUUCUACAGCGGGGACUGGUUUCAUCUUUCAAAGCUUUGGCAGUCAAGCGCCAAUGUGAAGUUUGACUAUAUCUUUACUAGUGAAACAAUUUACCGCACAGACCUAUAUGAAAGAUUACACAACAUACUUGAAACUAGUCUAUGUCAAUCUGGGAUCGUUUUGUUAGCUUGUAAAGCUUCUUACGGACCUGGAGGUAACAUUUUUGACUGGUUAACUUAUGUCGAGAAUCUAGGCGUGUUUCAGACAACUACUUUCAAAUUGACAACUUCUGGGGUAAUGCGAUACAUCGUGAAAAUGAUCAGAGCUUAAUUUGUUUCGAUCAACUUGUUUUGUAUAUUCUUUUUGUUCCGACUUGAUAAAUAAGAUAACAGUUGACCGUAAUUUUAGCUGUUUAAAUAGUUUGGGAAGCCUAAUGUCACGAAAUCUUUAAUGGCAUCUUUGAUCUUUGUUUAGCGGGUUUUAUAUUAGACGAAGAUCACGACAUAAACACACCGUUUGUUACGGUUUUAUCUGUUAACAAUAUUACGUUUCGUAAACGUAAUAUUUCGUGUAAAUUAAAAUUUUAAAUCUAGUUUUCACAAAUACGUCCAGGUCGCAGCUACAUGAGUAAUAUUCAAACUAAACUGACAAACAUAAAAGUAAGUACCAACUCUACUUAAUUUUUUUUUCGUCAGUAUAACUUCACUUAGGUGAUAUAAAAGAGUUAUGUCGGACAUUGUAGUGUUCAGUAUGUGACAAAGACAUUGAUUUGUGCACCCAAAAAAGAUUAGCGAAUUGUAAGUCAAACUUAUCUGCUUCUUUUUGAGUCACAUUUUGGGUAUAAGUUUGUCUAUAUAACAGCUAAGUUUCUACUAUAAUGAUGAGUAAUAUCAAAGUUGAUGAAUCACAGCAGCAACCUGCAUGAUUAACUUUAUAAGCAAUAGGCAGAAAAUGGUAUAACGUUCGGAAUGCAACGGGUUUCGUUAUGCUCUGAUAAUCUCUUUUUUAUUUGACUUUGGAAAAAUCUUGAUUUUGUGUAAACUGCCGGAAUCCUAGCUUCCUCCAAGUUAACUUAUUUAUCGAAUGAAGUGUUUUACAUCUGAGCACAAUUAGUUGUCUGCCUGCUUAACACCGAUAAAUAGUCUGAAAACUGUUGAAUGUUUUGUGCAAGAACAGUUAUAGCUCCAUCAGUUCAAAAUUAUUUUGGGUAAAAAUAUAAAUUAUCGUUAACUAAAGCUAUCCAUUGAUUCGGACUUCCUAGUGUAACACCUGCAAAGUGAAAUGCAUGUUUGUAAAUACCUUCCGGUUCGUUUAAAUUCAGGUGUCAUAAUCCACACAAACUUCUACCAUGUAAAUCAUACAAACCCAUGUAUAUAUCUGUUUAAAAUAUACAAUUAAGUUUUUGGGAAAACUUAUUUCAAUUGACGUUUAUUUUGUAUUACGAUGUGAUUACGUACAAGUACAAAGUUAUUAUUACUUACAA